UUCGGGGUGACAGUCACAUCUUCCAGAUUGACGGUGUGCUCAGAGCCACCUCACACUCGGUCCGAAACAUGACAUCAGAAUUUGAAUUUCCACACCCAACGUGACGGCGCGCCGAUCUUCACACUGAACAGCCGAAAAGCCCGUAACUACGUGGAAAGCCGACACAGGACCGCGGGGAUCGUAAAGGGACGCUACCAGUCCAGCGCUGGGUCUAGGGUAGCCUCCCAAGUAACGGAUUACAAAUCUGCGCAAUUACGCAAACAAAGAAUCAGGGUAUUUUACUAAUGAUGAUGUGAAAGUUUAAAGAUUCGGCUCUGCUGCAUUUUUAUUGUGUUUGGGGAUAAUUAUUUUGGGAUACAGGGGUUAUUUUGUCAUAAAUAUUUAUACAUCGAUAUAAGUUUGAUACUUUUAGCGACUUUUUUUUCGACAGCAGUAAACUAUUUCCAACUUGGAAAAUGUGUGUUCUUUCCUGGAUUUCUGAUGCUUGAGGGACUUGGUUAAAAAGUAUAAUCUUGGUUCAUACAGAAACACGCGUUGCUUAAUCAUUAAAAAUAGCCUAAGUAUGAAAUUGUACAGAGUGCUAACGUUAAUCACGGGUCUAUCUUUAACCCAGGUUCAUGGUCGAGUGGAACGAACCUUAAAGCAUCCUGGCCUGCAGGUGCUCGCCGCGGCAUCGCAUUACUGGCCAUUGGAUGAGGUGGAGGGCAUAUACGGACUGUGGGACGAGAUUGGAAACAGAACAGGUCAUGUUAAUGGAAGUAGUAUAUCGCUCACGAUCCACAACCACACUGUGCUUCCUCACCUCCAUAACUCUUCCUCUGUGUAUACCAAUGACUCUACCUACACUAACAUUUCUGCAGCUGUAGACAUUGUGGAAGGAAUGGUCAACAAGGGGAUCUAUGUAAAUGGAGACACUGGGGCCACAUUUCUGCAUUUUGGGAACUACAAGAAUUCGUGCAUCAGUGACCCAACCAAAUGUGUACCGCAAGGGAUCACAUUUUCCUUCUUCUGGAAGAAUCAGGAAGCUCAGUCUCGCUUUGCCAUCACCUACGGCAAGUUCAUAUCCAACGGCUUCUCAGUUUACGCAAAUGCCUUUGGUGGCUAUGUGGAGUUCAGCAUCCAUGGAAACUUUAGACACUGGAAGGCCAACAUCAAGCUACCAGGACCUUACUGGACAAACCUUCUGUUCACCUGGACGGAAAAGGACGGCCUGAACAUCUACAUCAAUGGGACGUUCAAUGUCAGUGAUCCGGUAGGCAACGCGUCAUCGAACGAUGGCAACACCUACACAGACCGUGUCAUCGAGACUGGCGGUAGUCAGUCGGAUAGGCGCUAUGUGACGGGGGCCUUCGACGAGUUUGUCAUCUGGGAGAGGGCCCUGUCCCCCGAAGAAAUCUGGCUCUACUACAAGGCUGCAACAGGUGACCACGCCAUCACCUCCAUGACGCCUAAUGUACCAAAGCCUACCUCCUCUCCAGUGGAUUCUCAGUCCACCGACUCUUACCAUCCAAUCAUCACCAACUUGACAGUGGAAAUGCAAAACUUCCAGUUCCCCAAGUCCAUGAGUCUGCCCAAUGAGUCCAUACCACAAAAGACAGCCAAUGGCCUAACCCAGGCCUUUCUUAAAAGUGUGGAGGAGGUCCUGUCUUCACCAGGGUGGCCUGACAUGGAAGAGCAGCUGACACCCAUGGUCAGUGGACUGAUAGAGACGGUGGACAAAGUGAUGAUCCAUAUGGCAUCCAACGUGGAGUCCAGCCUUGAGGGGACCGUUGCUAUUGAUGGAAAAUCAUCUGUGGCAGAUUAUUCCCUGAUGAAGAUCCCGCAGAACGUCAGUCUGAGCCACUACCGCUUCCCCACACAGGGGAAGAACUACAUCUCUGUCCCUGGGGAGGCCUUCAGCAAUAAGGCCCAGACCACCAUCGUGGGCGUGUUCUACCACACCAUGCACAACUACUACAGAGAGAUCAGCCCACUUCAGACCAGGAUCGAUGGGGCUGCCGGCUUCAAAGACCACAAGAUCCAAGUGACCAGCUUCCUCAUCUCCUUGAACGUGGAGCCGUCUCCAGCCCUGUCCAUCAACCUCUUUGGCUCUCCCCUGAUCAAGAUCGUCCUGACACACUUUCUGACCAUGCAGCAGCACAGCCUCGCCUCUAACCACAGCAACAAGGUCUUCAUUUACUGUGCCUUCCUGGACUACAGCACUAAGGAAGGCAUCUGGUCCAACCAGGGCUGCGUUCGCUCAGAGGGGAACCUCUCCUACUCCGUGUGCCUGUGUAACCACCUCACCAACUUUGCUAUUCUCAUGCAAGUGGUGCCCUUGGAGCUCACAACGGCCCACCAGGUGGCACUGUCCUCAAUCAGCUAUAUCGGCUGUUCCAUUUCCAUCUUCUGUCUGGCCAUCACCCUGGUGACCUUCGCCAUCCUCUCAUCGGUGAGCACCAUUAGGAACCAGCGCUACCACAUCCAUGCCAACCUGUCCUUUGCCAUCCUGGUGGCACAAAUCCUGCUGCUUGUCAGCUUUCGCUUUGAUGUGGGGACGCUCCCCUGCAAAGUGCUGGCCAUCCUGUUGCACUUCUUCUUCCUCAGCGCCUUUGCCUGGAUGCUGGUGGAGGGGCUGCACCUCUACAGCAUGGUCAUCAAGGUAUUCGGCUCAGAGGGCAGCAAGAACUACUACUACUAUGGGAUUGGCUGGGGUUCUCCAUUGGUGAUUUGUGUGGUGUCUGUGACAUCAGCUCUGGGCAGCUAUGGAGAAGUAGGAAACUGCUGGUUGUCACUGGAGAAAGGAGCGAUCUGGGCCUUUGUGGCACCGGCACUGUUCGUCAUAGCGGUGAACAUCGGCAUCCUUAUUGCUGUUACGAGGAUCAUCUCCCGGAUCAGUGCAGAGAACUACAAGGUGCAUGGAGACCCCAAUGCUGUCAAGCUGACCGCCAAGGCUGUGGCUGUCCUCCUUCCUAUCCUGGGCAUCUCCUGGAUCUUUGGGGUCCUGGCUAUCAAUGACCACUCCCUGAUUUUCCAGUAUCUAUUUGCUGUCUUUAAUUCACUCCAGGGAUUCUUUAUUUUCCUGUUUCAUUGUCUUCUCAAUUCUGAGGUACGGGCUGCCUUCAAACACAAAACCAAGGUCUGGUCACUCACCAGCAGCUCCAUCCGCAACAUCAACGUGAAACCCUUCAAUUCGGACAUUAUGAACGGGAACAAAGGAGGUGUGUCCCCAACCAAGAUGCACACCUGGGACAAGAGCACCAACUCCGCCAACCGUAUCGACCUUUCGGCAGUGUAGCGCCCACCAAGCCUAGAGGAUGACGACAGCGGUCCAGUCAUGUAAAAUAGACAAUAUAUUUUAUUUUUGACACAGUUAAACUGGCACACAUCACCAACAGGAAUUCCACACUGGGACCAAAGCCAAGGCCAGAUUUGCUCCAUUCCUACAGCCUUCCCGGAAUGUUCCCAGGAACAUCUUUACUGAGGAGUCAUUCUUUUAGUUGCCUUUGAACAUCCAGCUGCAACCUGUUCACCCAGCCCCCUUGCGUUUCUCGCACUUUGAUAAACACCAAAGCCUUUCCUGCUUCUCCCCUCUCUGCCAAAAUCAACAGAGCUCCUAUGGGCUCUCUCAGACCUGCGCACCAACCCAGCCCUCCAAAGGAAAUUCACCAACCUUCCGUAAGAAAGGCAGUGCAUUCAGAGUACAUAAUCCAUGCAGCGAGACGUGGAGCGAGAAUGAGCAGCAACACUAAGCAGUGAGACACGAAACAGCAUCGAAACAAUUUGCCAGUUUUAUUUAAUAUUGCAUUUAAUACAGCUACCGCGAAGAGAGGUUCACCACAAACUAGGUACUACUGUCAUUGGUGGAUAAUAAUUAAUAAAGUAAUAAGUUUGCUAUAAGUUAGUGAGAUGAAACUGCUAGAGGAUAGUCUUUGGAUAGCCUGUGGUGAGGAACUGGACAGGCUUUGCAGUAUUUCUGGUUAUUGGCAGCCUGUUUCGCCACUUGAGGCUGGGGGUAAAGUCAUUGUGGGGGUGUAAUAUGGAAUUCAUGUUGACCCCAGAAUGAGAAGCUACUGUAGAAAGAUGACAGGAGAGUGACAGAGAGAAUAAACAGAACGGCCACAUUAUCCUUAUCCAUCUGUUUAUAAUUAUAAUUAUCAUGCGUGAUUUAUAUUUGCAGUCAUUAAUUUAGAAGAUGCCUUUGUCCAAAGGCAUUGAUUUUAUUUUACAGAUUAACAUAUACAAACAGACCCACACAAGCAGGGGUUAGGCAAAGCACAGUGAUGUUUCAUGCCUUCAUAUAUAGCAGAGCAGUGGUAACGACUGAUAAGAACAGUAUACUUGUUCCCCAUAGAGUCCCACUGUGCUGGGUUAUCCGGUAUUACUUUAUCAUUUGUUCUAGGGAUCCUCAAUUCUGUUUCAUCACAGCUCAUUUUGUAAGAUUCAAAUGAAACCAAUGGCCGGCGAGUUGGUUUUGUGAGCGUUUGGUAGAUGGGAAGUUAUGAAGAUUGUGUGGAGUGUUUGUGAAGAAUUGGUUUCCCAUUCCUAGUAAAAUCCUUUUGCUAAGACCACUGUAUCACUUACAUUGUUUGCAAUAUUUGCAUGAAAGUAUACUGCCUAUUCAGUGUCAUUCUACCCAGGUUCUAAAAGCUUCUGAACAUUCACAAGGGCUACUGAGGUCAGAAACGAUGAGGUUAUAAUAUUGCACCUCAUCAUAAAUGAAUGCAAAAAUCCUUGCUGUUUUUAGUAUAAGUCAUCCUUUGCCAUUGGCACUGUGAGUAAGACACCAUUGGACCUUUUGACCAAUGAUGAAAGAACAACAGUUUGUGUUUCUCAUAUAUAGUCCAGUAAUAAUUCACAUUUGUAUUUUAAAUCAUCUUACAUGACAUCAGCUUAUCUCUCUGAUGAGGUACUGUAUUGUCACAGAUUAAUAACUAACUUUUGUGAGAUAGUGACGAUCUUGAUAGAGUUUUGGGGAAAAAUCAUUAACAUUUGUUGUUACUUUGAAGGAAAUUACCUUUGGUGAUUUUAUUUAAAUUAAAAAAAUGACAAUAAUGCUUGGCCACCUCAUAUCCGUGCUGUACUUAAGCAAUAAUAUUUUAGCAUGGGAAGUGUUCUGCUUCUUUAACGUGAUUCUUGGCAAUAGUACAUCUUCUAGAACAUAUUUGACUAAUGGAUAAUGGUACAGUACAAAACCAGGUAUGAACCUUCAGUCUAAAGUGGGUUUGUAACAGUGGCGUUUAUUAGGUAUUUAUAGUGGUUUGUACAAUGCAUUCUGGGAAUCGAGUCUUUGCCUGAUUAUUUUGGUGGGAACACAGUGGAUGGAAGGUCCCAGGCCUUAUUUUUGUUGCUUGCUCCAUGACGUCCUACAGUUUUUAGUACUGGGUGAAAACAUGAGGAUGAAAUAAAACUAGUUAGUUUUGUAUAGAAGAAUGACACAUUUUCUGAGCUCACCGACAAGACUCGUGUCAAUGCAGAGUUAUGCAAAGCAAAAAUGAAAUGUAUUAAUGUAAACAGUUUUCUGUGAAGAGUCAGUGAGAGCCUGGGGGGUGUUUUCCUAAGAGUUCAACAGGGGGAGUAUCUGACAUUCCCAGUUAUUGCUGAACAUUAAUGCCAAUAUUGUAUCAUAUGGUAUUUAGGCAUGCAGUUUUCAGAAUUGUUGACGUUUCACACAAUGUCUGUACCUUUAAUUCAUAUUUGGUCUACUAGUAUGAUUUCAUGUGGCUUACUAUAAAAGUUAUCUUUGUAUUUAUGUAUCAGCACCAGCAUCAGACGGAUUCGGGUUCAACAUUGCCUAUAACAUAAUGUUCACUGUGAGAAAGGUUUAUUUUUUUGUUGUAGGUUUAGACUUCAUUGUUUUGACACUGUAUCUUUUUUUUUCUCAAACAGGAUUUACUGUAUGAAAUAGCUUUGUAUGACUGAAUUUUUCUCAAUUUUUCAAAAGUAAAAAUGUGGCCACUUGUUCAAGCUUGGUCUCUGCAUUAUCUGUUAAAUAAAGGACAAAUUCCUCAAAUAA